AUGGAAGAACCCACCGCUGCCACAGCCAUCGAAGAACAGCAACAGCGCCCAGCACCACAGACAGCCGGUCAGUGGGGUGUCAAGGAGUAUGUCAACCCUAACGCCGAAGGGGUCUGGGCCUCAGAGCGACCCGUCUACGAGUGGAAGGAGGACUACACCGACGAGACCGCACCAGAUAACGCCGAACUCGAACAUGAGCUCUUUGACGAAGAGAACCGCAUCAACGCCGGUAUCUACUUUGACAAGUACAAGACCAUCUCUGUCAGCGUCAAGGGCGCUCCUGAGAACCGCCGAUUCAAGGAACUUGCCUUGCACCCCACGAUCCUCGAGAACAUCGUCAGGAUGAAGUACAAAGAACCCACUCCUAUCCAGCAACAUGCCACCCCACUGCUCUUCGCCGGCUAUGAUAUCCUGGCCUGUGCCCAGACGGGAUCCGGAAAGACAACAGCCUUCCUUACGCCGAUCCUCUCAAAGCUGCUCUCAAAGCUGUCCAAGGCACCAUCACAGAACCGACCUGGAGCCAGACGCACCAAGGCCACUCCUCUCGCUCUGAUCAUUCUACCUACCCGAGAGCUUGGCAUUCAAAUGUUUGACUCUGCUCGCUCUUUCGCAUACAGAAGUCGCUUGCGCCCGGUCGUGAUAUACGGAGGGGCUGACAUGAAGUCCCAGAAGGAACAGCUUUCCAGGGGCUGUGAUAUCCUGAUUGCCACUCCUGGCCGACUCAUUGACGCGAUCGAAAGGGGGCUGGUCAGUUUCACCAAGGUCAAGUAUGUCAUCUUGGACGAGGCUGACCGUAUUUUAGACAUGGGAUUCGAACCUUCUAUUCGUCAGAUCAUGAUGGCUUCUGAUAUGCCCAAGGAUGAGAGCCUGCAAACCGCGCUCUUCAGUGCCACAUUCCCAUCCAGCGUCCAGGUCCUCGCACGUGAAUUUCUCAAGGAUGACUACAUCCGUGUUCGCGUCGGAAGAAUCGGAGGAACUACGAGCGACAUUAUGCAAAAGGUGGUCAAGCUGGAGGAAUACCAGAAGGAGGAGACCUUGAUCAACCUGCUCUUGUCCCAGCCUCCUUCGCGCACCGUGAUCUUUGUGAACAGCAAGCUCAGGGCUGAUAACCUGGACGAUGUCCUCUAUAACAAAGACUUCCCUUGCAUCUCGCUCCACGGUGACCGCAACCAGCGCGAGCGUGAGGCCGCUUUGAAUGCCUUCAAGACCGGUCGAAGCCCUAUCCUGAUCGCCACCUCGGUCGCCUCUCGUGGCCUGGACAUCAAGGACGUUCUUCAUGUGAUCAACUACGACCUCUGCGACGAGAUUGACGAGUAUGUGCACCGGAUCGGACGCACCGCCAGAGCCGGCAACCCAGGCCUCGCCACGACCUUCUACACAGACAAAAACACCGUCAUUGCUUCUCAGCUGGUCAAACUCUUGGUGGAGUGCCAGCAAGUCGUCCCUGAAUUCCUUCAAGAAUUUAUGGAUGAAACAACAGCCUACGAAGAUGCCGACUUUGUAAAGGAAGACGAAGAUGGCGGCUUCGGGGUCUCUGGAGACGGUGCAACCAAAGAAGACGGCGUGUCGGCCUGGAGAGCAGUUGACUAUCGAGCUCAAGUCUUUGACGGUGGCGAUGUGGGUACUCCUGCCAAGGUAGCAACUAUCUCCGCGAGCAAUGAUUGGGGCACCCCCAAAGGGGCAGUUACCUCUUCUGGUGAUGACUGGGGUACUCCCCUUGCCAAGGCGCCAGCUGAGGCAAGCCAGGACGGCUGGGCUGCAACUGCCAAUUGGUCACCUUUGGCUUAUGGAUACCUCUCGCUUGUGAUGGCCGGGAGGGUGGCCAAGUACACAGGACAGUACAUUACAAGGAAAACCCCCAAGGAGCAACCCUUCAUGAUUGGAGUCGCCGUAGCGAUGCUGUACCCGGUCAUUGAGACCGUCAGUAUCCGCCAAUACCGCCUCUUCAUGAACACCUGCCUGAAGAUGAUCAAUAUCUGGGCCGGGCUUGGGUCAGAGUCCAAGAGAGCCAAAUGGGCGACACAUGUUCAGGGACAAGGAUGGCAGGGGUACUGGAUCCCGUUUCAGGAUCAGGUCAACCCCGUUGGUGCGAUUAAGAGGGGCGAGGGGGAAGUGAAUAUUCCCAAGACGACGGUUGUUGGAUCUGGAUGUGAUAUUGUAUUGUUGGCAGUUCAUGGAGGUGGAUUUAUUGACGGUAAUGCGCUUAUGUUUCUGGAUUAUUUCAGGAAGUUGAUGAAGAGUGUGCAGCAAGCCCAGGAUGUUAAGAUUGGUAUCCUCUCGGUUGAGUAUGGUUUGUCACCAGAGAACCCAUUCCCAGUAGCAUUGAACGAGAUCACUGCCGCCUACCAGGAUCUUGUCAAGCAGUAUGGAGUCAACUCAAAGCGCAUCAUCAUCUUCGGCGAUUCGGCAGGAGGAAACUUGUGUCUCUCAGCAUCCCUCAAACUACGCGACGCGCACCAAGACUUAGGCGCCCCUGCAGGACACGUCCUAAUCUGCCCCUGGGUCCGAAGCCCCGAACCCCUCCACUCCUCCCUCUACGAUGUCGUCAGCGCCGCCGGUUGCGAACUGUAUAUCGAAGCCUACACUCAAAACAAGCCCGAGAACCUCGCCUCUCCUUACACAUCACCCUUCAACAGCCCGACGCUUGCAGGACUAUCGCCCAUGCUCGUGUUUAUUGGCGGAGUCGAGAUCCUGAGAUCGUCGAUUGAGGAGUUUGUGGAGCUUGCGAGGACCGAGGGUGGGGUGGAUGUCAAGACUGUGGUGGCGGCUGGGAGGUCGCAUAAUUAUUUCUUGUUGGAUGAUAUUUCGACUGCGAAGGAUAGGGAGGAGUCUUGGGCGGCUAUUGGAGAGUUUGUGAGUACUGCCCAUCAAUGUCGUCUCGCCUCUCUUGAGAACUGA